CCUAUUCGUGUAUGUAUAAGUUCGUCUGACUAUUUGACAAGCGAUUUUUCACACGUUGCCCGACGAUCUGAGAAAAUUUUAUUAAAGACAAAUUUCCCCGGUUUUCGAGGCGUGCAAGUGAUUUUUAAAUAUCUUAAUACUGACCCAGUGAACUGAUAAAUUGAAAAUGCCCGAAAUAGGCAAGAAAAUCAGCGAGUUGCGCGUGUGCGACUUGAAAGAAGAGUUGGAAAAACGCAAGCUGGAGACGGUGGGCCCGAAGGCGGCCCUCAUCGACCGUCUAGAAAAGGCUUUAAAAGAGGAGGGGCACGACCCGGCAACUCAUCUAAUUACUAUUGGUGCUAAAGGCAAGAAGCCGCUUCCAAUGCCCAUCAAAGAGCCUUUGGAAGAAAUUCAGAUUAAGGAGGAGCCUCUCGACGAGGAAGAACAGACUGAGCAGGGGGAUGACUACGAGAAUGGCAGCGAGUUCGCCCAUCACGCCGAUGAAGAUGGUCAUGAGAUCGACCAGGUGGGCGAUGUUGACGAUGUUUGUGUGAUUCUCGAUGAUGACGAUGAAGAAGACGAAGAGGAAUUCGACGAAGAGAAUCAGAAUGGUGAUGGACAGGGCGUGGGCGAGGGAGAGGGCGAGGCCCAGGAUGAGGCCGAGAAUAAUGGCAACGAUGGGAUACAGGGAGAGGAGGAGAAUACCGGUGAUACCGUAAACAUGGACAAUGACGAGUCCAUCAACCUAACAAUUGGUGAGGACGAACAGAAACUGCUUCACGAUGAGGCACCCGACGACAAGUCUAUUAAAUCGGCUAAGCUCGCUAUCAAGUCGGACAAGUCCAGUUCCAAGGACGCAGACAAGAAGAGUGAUAAGAAAAAGGAUGAAAAAUCAUCUGACAAACGUGAUGCCAGCGAUUCAAAAUCAUCUGGAAAAUCGUCAAACCCAAAGGAUGACAAAGAAAAAUCAUCGACAGCAGCAGCAGUUGGUGCCUCAUCGAGCGCCACCGGCAGCAAGUCCGGAUCCGGUUCGGGUUCGGGCUCAGGAUCGAAUGAAGGCACUGGUGGCGGGGCCACCUCCUCCACCACAAGCAACAGCAAUAAGCAGUCGACGCUGUCACGCAAUCUGUGGGUCUCCGGCUUGUCCACUUUGACGCGGGCCAGCGAUCUGAAGACGAUCUUCUCCAAGUUCGGCAAGGUGAUCGGCGCCAAGGUGGUCACCAACACUCGCACUCCGGGUACCCGGUGCUACGGAUACGUGACCAUGUCCUCCUCUGGUGAUGCCUCGCGCUGCAUCGAUAACUUGCAUCGUACCGAGCUGCACGGACGUAUCAUUUCAGUGGAGCGCACCAAGAACGAGAUUGGCGGAAGCUCCACCACCAAGGAUGGCAAGGGCAAGGCUCAAGGGGACUCCACCAGCAAGAAGAAGGAUGAGAAGUCCAGCAGCAACAAGGGCGCCAGCUCUAACUCUGGCGGCGAAGACAAGAAGGGCGGCGAUGGAAGCAGCGGUGCAGGCGUCGGCGGCGACGACAAGUCCAAUAGUGGCGACUCCAAGCGUGACGGCAAGGAGGGCGGCAGCAGCCGGGAUCGCAGCAAGCGGGACAAGUCUGCCGUCAGUCAGGACAGGCAGCGCCACGAUCGCGAGCGGUCUGGCCACAAUCGUGUCAACGGGCGUAAUCCCCGUGACGUGGAUCGCGAGAUCCAGCAGCGGCAGCGGGUGCGCGAGCGCCGCCAACGCGAGAUGCUCUCCUACCAGAAGAUCCGGGAGGAACGCGAGCGCCAGCGUCUGAGGGAGAGGGAACGCGAGCUGCGCGAGGAGGAGCGCAGGCGGCGGGAGGCUCGCGAUCGCCAGCGCCUUGAGGAGGAGCGUCUGGCCGAAGAGCGCCGUAAGCUGGCCAUCGAGCGGGAGCGGCUCGAACGCGAGAAGGCCGAGCUGCUGCGCAUGGAGCGGGAGCGCCAGAAGCUGGAACGCGAGAAAAUCGAACUGGAGCGCCUUGAACUCAAGCGGCAACAGAUGAAGAUUAUGGAGUCCCGCGAUGAUACUGGCAAGCGCGGCGUAACCAAACGCUCCGAUGACCGCUACGGAGACGUAUCUGACCGCAAGCGUACAGCUAUUUUUGAAGCUCCACCGCCACCAAGAUUUGAUGCCAAUCUAGUCAGCUCUCGCAGCACCUACGAUAAGAAGCACGAUGACUACGGCUCAUCGUCAUCCUCCAAGCGCGGUUUGGAUGACUAUUCCAGCUCAAACAAGCGCCUGGACUACGGCAACAAGCGUAACGACUACGGAAGUUCCUCCGGCUCUAAGCGCGGAGCUGUGGACGAUUACUCCAACGUGCCCAACAAGCGUUCCAGUGGCAACGAUUACAGCGGUUCCAGCUCUAAGCAUGACUACUCCUCGUCCAGCAAGCGCGACGACUACAAACGGGAGGUUGAGGUUCGUCAUAUUCCACUGGGUGGCACAGCCGGUGGCUCCAGCAGCUCUUACAUACACAAGAACAACUCGGGUGGCGGAGCCGGAUCCUAUGUCCACAAGAACAACACCAGCGGCGGAGGCAGUGGUGGGCGUUACAACGAAUCCGACCGCGGCAACUCCAACUACCGACGCGACGACUCCCACAGCCUGGGAAACAAGCGCUAUGAGAAUUCCAGCAGCGGCGGCGGGGGUGGCUACAGCAGCAACGCCAACAACGUCAACAUUUGGGCACCUUCCUCCGGCGGCGGCAGCGGCAGCUCCCACCUGGGCAGCAGCGGCGGCGGUGGUGGCGGAAACGCAAUGAAGUCCUACGGCAACAACGGCAUAUCCUCGAACAUGCAUAGCAACAAUUCGUGGCAGAAGUCCACCGCCGUCGACGACAAUAGCUGGCGUCAGGUGCAGGCCCAAGGUCGUUUCGAUCGCGGCUACAACGAUCGCUCUAGCGGCUACCAAGGCAACAGUGGAACCGGUGGCGCCGGUGGUAUGUACGGCGGUAGCCGGCCUGCGCAAGACCGCUAUGGUGGUCAGGUUUCCCGCUACUAGGAUCGUGCAUUUCAC